GCCACUCCGCUUCAUGCCUGUCAUUUGUUUCCCAGCAUUGGCGGCGUGUGUGACUUCUGCUACCUCGUAUUUUUGUCCCUUUUUGAGGCUAAAUACACACAGCAAAUAUGUCUUACGCCCCGAAAUCCAAAGUGCAGAAGGUUAUGGUCCUGCCCAUUAACCUUAUCUUCAGGUAUCUUCAAUCCCGAGCAAGAGUUCAGAUCUGGUUGUAUGAGAACCAAAAUCUUCGUAUUGAAGGUCACAUCAUCGGUUUUGAUGAAUACAUGAAUGUGAUGCUCGACCAAGCAGAGGAAGUCCAGAUGAAGAAGGGCACCAGGAAGACGAUAGGUCGCAUCCUUCUGAAAGGAGACAACAUCACUUUAAUUCAAAACACUCAACCAGAUGGCACGGACAUGUAGUUAGAUGGAGCCUAAGAAUUUUCUACAGUGGUGUAAUUUUAAGGAACUUUCUAAAUGUAUUUAUCUUUGAUUUUACCAUAAAAGCUCAGCUUUCUUAGUGAAGGACACAAAAUGUAACAUGUUAUGCUGGUACGUCACUCAUUAACUUUUAUUUGUAUUUAUUUCUUUGAUAGUUUUUGUAUUAUCAUUAUUAUAUUUAUUAUAGUUGUAUUUUUGUAAUAAUGAUAAUGAUCAUUAUUGUUAUUUAUUAUUUAAAUUUUUCAUAUUUAAACAGAACAAGUUAAUACUUCAAUUUAAAGUCCUGUCAUAUUCUAGAAUGCUACAAAUUACCUUCUCUGUUAGCUCGGUAACAAUUAGUGUGUUUUGUAAUAAAAUUAUUAUAAAACCA